CGAGAGUAGAAAAGGGCCAGCUGUCCCUCUUAAACCUCGGCGGCCAUUCAAAGAGAAGAGAAGAGAAGAAACCCCUUCCUUCCUUCUUUUCUCUGUGGCCGGCCAUUCUUCUCUCUCUCCGAAUCCGCCGCCACGCCUUCACCACCAUGGCAUGGCUGAGCCGCGUGAGAGGAUUUUCUCCUGUAUCAAGGCUCCUCGCGGUGACUCCCCGAUCUUUCGGAUCAGCCGCCGCCUUGGCGUUUGACUACGACUCCGAUGACGAGUCCUUCCCGGAGCCGAGGCUUGCUUUGGAUGGAUCGGGUCCGGAAAGAGGAGUGCAGUGGGUUAUCAUGGGCGCACCCGGAGCUUUGAGGCACGUCUUCGCCCAGAGGCUCUCCAAGCUUCUCGACGUUCCUCACAUUUCCAUGGGAUCGCUUCUUCGUCAAGAACUUAACCCUAGAUCUUCUCUCUACCUGGAGAUUGCAAGUGCUGUUAAUGAACGAAGGCUUGUUCCGAAGAAUGUUGUCUUUGCGUUGCUAUCAAAGAGGCUCGAAGAAGGAUACCUCAAUGGGGAAACAGGUUUCAUUCUUGAUGGCUUUCCCCGCACUCAUAUUCAAGCCGAAACUCUUGAUCAAAUCGCUCAGAUUGACCUCGUUGUGAAUCUGAAAUCCUCUGAGGAGCCUCUGGUAAACCGAAAUGUUCUAAAUGAAACAGCUCUGCCUCGACAAGAGUUCCUCGCCUCUAUGUUACACUCACCUGUUGCUACCAAAGCUAAGAGGGAUAGUCUCCGUGUCUAUGCACAUGAGGUGAAGCCCCUCGAAGAAUACUAUAUGAAGCAGAGAAAACUUUUAGACUUUCAUGUUGACGGUGCCACAUCAGCAGAAAACUGGCAGGGCUUGUUGGCUGCUUUGCAUCUGAAGCAGUUGAAUUUGGCGACUUCACAUAAACUGACUCUGUGAUGAUUGAACAGCAGUCAUAUCGCAAAGGCUAGGAUUAAAUCCUCUGAGCCUUGCUUUACAAAAUUUUGAUCUUUCUCUUUCAUUUUAUGGGUCUUAACCCUAAAGCACCCCUUUUUUCUUUGUCUAAAAAAUCUGUAAUUCAAAGUUUUCCGAGAGAUCCAAUGUGAGGAGGAUAAUACACUAAAGCUUGUAACGAGUCUAUACAGAGCCAAAAUUUUCCUUAUGAUAAGUAGUUUAUAUUUGCUUCCC